AGUGAUGAUCAGAAAAGAUGAGACCUCCAUCAACAACAGGAAUGAAGACAUGUUCAUUAAUCAUCCCAGCAUCACACCUAGAAUGCGUUUGGUGCUUUUCGAUUGGAUUAUGGAGGUAUGCGAAGUGUAUAAGCUACAUCGGGAAUCCUACUAUUUGUCAAUGGAUUAUGUGGAUAGAUAUCUUUCAUUAAAGAGCGGAAUCAGCAAUAGUCUACUUCAAUUAAUUGGAGUGAUGUGUCUUUUCAUAGCGGCCAAGAUGGAGGAGAUCUAUCCCCCGAAAAUAAUUGAGUUUGCUUAUGUGACUGAUAGAGCCUGCAAUGACGAAGACAUAUUGCAGCAAGAAAUCGACAUAUUGAAGACUCUAAAUUUUGAAUUGUCUCCAAUGACAAUCAACAACUGGCUGUCAACCUAUGUCCAGCUGUGCUACAAAGACGAGGCACGUAUCAACAACGACUUUGUCUACUCACAGCUGUCAGGUCAGCUGUUCGUGAGGCUGGUUCAGUUGCUGGACUUGGCCACACUCGACCUCAACUGCCUCAAGUUUUCCUACAGUAUGUUGGCAGCUACUUGUGUCUACCUUGCUUGAUCGAAGCGGUUGGCCCUCAAAGUUUCUGGAUUGACCGAGAGUGAAAUCAAGCCUUGUGUGGAUUGGAUGGUGCACUUCUGGGAUGUUUUGAAAGAGGAGUUUGCUGAACAAAGGAAUACCUCUCGUAGACCUACUCUGCCCCCGGGACCCAACAAGAAGACCUACCUUGACGAAUCUCACACCUUCCAGAAGCAUAUAGUCACACUGGAAAUGCUUGAAGCCGGACAAUAUUGACUUGAAGCCAGCGAAGCCCUGAUGCUCACACCUCCAAACAGUUCGGAAAAAUCGAUUACAGUGCCUUGACUUGAUUGUGAACGAAACCUGACUUAGAACAAUAAUUUCGACUGUGCCUUAAAAAA